UACUCCAUUUAGUUUUGAAUCCUCCACACCAUAUUUUCUUCCCUCCCUCAUCACUUACUUUUCCAUUAUUUAUUGAUCACUAUCAAAAAUUAAAUUAUGUCUUGUUGUUUUCUUGCUUCAAGUUUAUCGUAUGAUAACUUAGAUAUAAAUUUUAUAUUAAAGCAAAACAUUGCACAUAUAAACAGUGAGGACAUUUUAGGCAUUGUCAUUUGCAAUUAGUUUGAUUUUAAUUUGAGCACACUUACCGGUGCUAUCACAAAGACCGCUUGCCAGUAGUAUAAUAUUUUAAGUACUGGGGGGAGGAUUAUAUUGUACGUAACUAGCUACUUUGGAAGAAAUGAACUACGUCAAGGGAUUCAGGUUCCACCCAACAGAUGCUGAAGCCAUCGAGCUUCUAUGGGAAAAACUACAACUCGAUCGUGAUUCUUUUGUCCAACUCGGUGAUUCACUCGUUCCAGUCAUUACUCAGCUCAAUGACAUCUGCAAAUUCGAACCUGCGGAAUUGCCUGGGCGGUCGGAGUUAGUGUCAGGUGACAACGUCUGGUAUUUCUUCUGCUCACCAAGAUACAAGUACCGCAAUAGUAAACGAAAAAACAGGGUGACGAAGCAAGGUUACUGGAAUCCAACCGGGAAAUCUCGUACAAUAGUGACAACAUGCGAUGGAAAGAAGAUAACUGGAACCAGACAGGCCUUGGUGUUCUACAAAGGUCGUGUUUGUGUUAAAAACAAAAAAGCAAAUAAGACCCUGUGGGUCAUGCAUGAGUUUGAACUCACUCUUAAUCUUCCAAACCAAAAAAGUUUAAUUCUUUGUAAACUGAAGAAAAAAUAUGGGAAGAUAAAUGUUUCGAUCGGAGAAGAAGAGCAAUCAAAUCAAUAUUUGCCUUCUUCCAACUUAGAAAACCACUGUACAAACAACGGAGUUCCAAAGGAGCAGUUAAACUCUACAGAGCCGGUGGCAUUCAGUGAAUAUAGUGGAAUUCAAUCUGAGUUAGUCAACAAUGAACAGACUGUUGAUGAAUUUGUGGAUUCUCUUCUUAUUAAGAAUGAUGAGUUCUACAGCAACCAACCUUACUUUGUUCAUGACAAACAAGACCCCAAGAACCAGGAAGGCUUUAGUGAUCUAACAUAUCAGAAGCUAAGAACACCCAAUGACCGUGUUUGGACCAUGAAUGAAGUAGGGAGCAGUUCGGGUCUGGUAGCUAAUGAUCCAUCGUACUCAAAUGGAGAUAACAAUCAACAUGAUACUUCUUUUGCUGAGCAGGGCUCUAGCUUGGCUUUCGAAAAUCAUGUUCUAGUGGAUUCCAUUUCAAUGGGAGGAUCAGGGUUUGAUGAGUUCUUACACAAUGGGUUAUUCAUGGCUGAAUUAUCACCCCUGCCAGAACCACCUAAAAACCCAGAUGAGGUUCAAAAUCAUCAGUUUAGCACCAAUGAACAGGAUGAGUUUUGUAAUUCAAUUUUCAUCACUACCGAUUAAGUUGAAGAUUAUCCUGAAAUCUUCACAUGCAAGCAGCCCAACUUAAUUACUAAAAAUCAGAGCUUCAACUUCUCAAUGAAUGAUUCAUGGCCAAUUCAGUCAUCGAGUAAAAGGCCAUGAGUCGAACAUGAGGGCUAAGCAGUGUUGAGGACAUUGAAGCGGCUUAAGUUCUGGAAAAGUACUCUCCUUGUAUUACCGAACAGCUGAUUCUUAUGAUAGAACAGCCUUUGAAUAAAAUGGAAGUACUACAUACAAUUCACAGGAAAUUAGAGAGGUCAAAGAGACCUUAGUGUAUCAGUGUACGUAAGCUAUAAAAUAAGUACAGUAGAACCAUGUCUGAAGGAGAAUAUUGAUAUAUGUAUAUUAUGAGUGCCUUUACAAAUAAUUUAGAGUACACAUAACAGAAGAUUGAAAGAUCAAAAGCUAUUUUUAGUUUCAA